GCGCGCAGGUGCGUGGUGAGGGCGAUGAGGGCGACGCCGUUGUAGGUAAACGCGGAAGUAAACAAAAAAGUCAACGACUGAAAGCGUAAGAAACAGAGCGAUUUAUCAAUAUUUUAUGGUGCUACACGACGAAUAAUAAACGAUCUCAUCAUGGGCCUCUGUGACGGCCUCUCUCACUGUAAACUGGCUCUGGCCUUCGCCGUGUUGAUGGAUUUAUUUGGAGGAGCCGCUCUGCUGAUAGGAGUCUUCGCUCCCCUGGAGAUCAAAGGACGAGACUUUGGAGAUUUACUGGUUUAUACUGGAGCUCUGUUUGUGGUGAUGUCUCUGGCUGGAUGGGUGCUCUGGUACAGCGGGAACAUCGAUGGUCUGACAUCCAAGAAGGAGCUCGGUCACAUCAGCAGCGCCGUCGACAGGCUCGCUCGAAACCUCAGCCGCAAGAUCCGCACGUACAGAACCAACCGCUGAGCCACAAGGAAACCUGUAUUUCCUUUCGAAACCUUUCAUUUCAAAGCCUUUGAUAGUCAGUAUUAAUCUGAGAUACAGUAACUGAAUUUAACUCUUAAUGUCUCUGUUACCUGAAUACUGAAAUUCAUCGUAGUGUUACAAGUGUCUGACAUAUUUCACCCAUAGAUGUGCACCUAACUUCAUUUCAAAGUCUCUUUUUACCUUUUAUCAUGUUUUUGAUUUUAUUUGUGUUUUUGACGUCACCACAGACAACAAACAUCAUUUCAUGCAGAAAGUCAAUAAAAGCCUUUUAAGAGA